GGGGAAGUAGCCAAGCGGAGACCUGAUGCGGUGGGUCCCGGUUGGCCUGUGGGAACCCAAGACGAGGGGUGAAUAUUUAUCAGACAAGAACCUUUCUAAGCACUGUGGAGGACACAAAGAUCUGUUUGAUGAAGGGCUUUCUCUCAAGGAUCUCACCCUUGGAUAGUUCCCCAAGUAGGAUAUUUCAUCAGUUUCCCGACUAGAACAACAACCAAAUGAAGAGGAAGCAUGACAGUAGGCUGUGCGUGGUGAAUGUAGCGGCUCCAUCAGGCUGGCAGGAGACCAGAGCUCUCAGGCUAUUGUCAACAACAUCCUCAAUCUGUGGCUUUGAUCCUUAUGGCUAUCUCAUGGUUACCAGAUGGCUGCUCCACCUCCAGCAUCACAUCCAUAUUCCAAGAAAGAGAAGGAGGAGGAGCAAGAGAGAAAGGGAAAGAGAAGAAAGCAACAACAGAAAGUGGUGCUAAUAUCAGAAAAGCAGAACUCCCCAAAGCCUUCAGCAUGACCAGACCGAGAAACCAGAGCUCCACAACCUAGAGAUUCUUGUAUCUGGAGAUCUUGUGGCCUUGACCUGUACCAUCAAAGGCACCUGUGCAAAGAAACCAAAGCCCUUUCACUUUCGUGGAAUUGGCCCAACCAUGUCUUCCAAUGCAGAUGGCUCCAGCAACUCCCCCUCCUGGUGCUGCACUUCACCCCGAAACCUCAGGAUUAUGGCACCACUCCCAGAUGUCAUUUGAACUUCUCCCUAGCUAAGUUGACCAGAAGUAGCAUGGUCAUGCUCCAGGCGGUCUCACCCACUAGGCUGCUCUAUUCAUCUUGUUCCUUGGAGAAGACUCUACGGUGCAACUGUUCCUUCCAUGGGAUCCCCACACCCUCUGUGCAAUGGCUGAUGGAAGGUGUUCCUGUGAAUGUGAACAGCACAGACAACAUCCUCCAGGUAACUUCCACCAUAAUUGGCCCCUGGGCCAACAGUACCGUCAGCCUCAUCGGGGAGCCAGAAAUAGUCAUGAGUCUCCGCUGUGAGGGGAAGAACCAAUAUGGAAUCCAUACUUCAAGCAUCUUCCUCCUACCAGAUAAGCAUUCAGUUUACAGUGUGUUCAUGAAAGGGCUGACCCAGGGCAUUGUGUAUGGAUUCAUUGCAUCGGCACUGUUCUUCUUCUUCCUUGUCCUCCUCGUAAUGAAGAUUCUUCAAUGGUGGGAGGACAGUCACAUUCCCAAGGCCAGAGAAGCCCCAAUUAAGAAGCCAGGGCUGCCGGAGGAGCCAGAGACAACUGUGGAGUCUGAAGCCAAAACGCCUGGGCCUGGAUUGGAGCCUAGGGCUCCUGAGAGAGAAGGACAGACUGUGGACAGACAAACUCCCAGACGGAUCAAGACACAGGCAUGGCUCGAAGACUCAGAGACCUACUCGCCCAGCCAGACUGCUCUCCUGUGUGCUGGGCCUCUCGGUCCGCCCCCACCAGGGACACGCCUGCUUCCUGCCCGUGAGCAGUGACUGGGCCAGCAGGGACGGACAGAGGAGUCUGGGGGAGGCAGCACUAGGAAAUGGGCUAAUGCUAUUUCAGAGGCCACACAGGCACUGUGACUCAGAGUGACAGUCACCCUCCUGAGGCCUCAGGCACUGCCGAGCAAAUCCAGCCUCAGCGCUCUGCAGAGAGAAAUGGAUACCUUUGGAGGGAAGCGCCUGAAAGCCCCAGAGGCCUCUCUGCAGGGACAGUGGGGGUCAUGAAGCCCGUCCUCCACACCCCCACAUUGCAAAUGGGGAGACUGAGGCUCAGAGUGCCUCAGUGCACACAGCAAGCACACUGCCCAAGACCCGUCCACCCCAGGACCCUUGGUCCCUGGAGCAGCUCUCCCUGGCCCCGGCCAUUUUCUCCUGACCUUAUAAGACUCUAGUGCAGAGGUUACAAAUUCAAGAGCCCCCACUGGCCCCGCAGAUAACAAACGGGUGCAGUUGGCCUGGUGGGGACCUCGUCCACCUUGAGAUCAGGCUCCCCCCCUGAAGGGGGCGCCAGCAGCAGCGAACUCAGCUCCAACUCUUCCCUCCCAGCAGGAGUAAGAUCUGAACUACUGGGUCUUCUGGUUUUUGUUUUAUCUGCCAUCUACCCAUAUGUAUCAUCUAUCUAU